AUGACCUGGGUCUGUAAGGGUUUGCGGUCCGUGUCCAGCAAUUUGAACAAGAUCGCAGGGACACAUCAUUUGCCAUGUUUAGUUUCAGCACGAGGAAAAUUUACAAAAUCAAGAAUUCCUCAAGAGAUUUUCGCGGAGAGGUCAAAAGAGCAUGAAAAAUAUGGGGGUAACCCAGAGCAACCUCAUAAGUUACAUAUUGUGACGCGUGUCAGAAGUACCAUUCGGCGGCCAUACUGGGAAAAAGAAAUGAUCAAGAAUUUUGGGCUGCAAAAGAUGCACGCUCCUGUAAUCCAUAAAAACACCCCUGCGGUUAAUAGUCAGCUGAAAUACAUUAAGCAUCUUGUCAGAAUACAACCACUAAAGAUGCCUUUUGGACUGCCCGCUGAACAGGACAUGGCAGAGACAUACAUCAACGUUAACGGAGAGCUGAUAGUGAAGCGUCUGCUGCAGCCAGUUGAGACCAAGGCUGUGGAAUCAUAG